AUGCAUCUUCUCACACAAGAACCCCUAAAUUUCAUAUGUAAUUACCUACGUUUGAUUUGAUUUCUGUAAAGUUAAUGUGAAAUAUUGCCGUCAGCAGCAAUUUAUUUGCAAACUACCAUGACAGAAGAGAACAGUGUAUCUGAAGAUUUUCAUCAGAUAUUACAAGAAAAAACCACUGGACUAGUUAGUCUGUAUGAGUACAAAAAGCUGAAACAGACAAUCGUAGAGAAGAGGGACAAAAAAGCCUUAGACGGACAUUUUUUUUCUAAAAAAGGUAUAGAGGACCGAUCGGUUAAAAGGAAAAAAGGCUCUGUUAAACCUGGAUUAUCUUUUACUUUUCAAGAUGAGGAAGAUCAGACUGUAGUCGUACCAAAAAAACGAUCUAUAAGACGAGACCCUACUGUGGAAACAUCUUUCCUGCCAGAUCAAGAACGUGAAAUUGAAGAAUUAAAAAAACGGGAGGAGUUGCGGAAAAAAUGGAUUAAGGAACAAGAAGAGUUAAAAGAGAAAAUUAUUUUUUUGCCUUUUGCUUUCUUCAAUGGAACCAACAGACGGUCGUAUGUCAAAGUUAAAAUGAAAGACUCAAUUGGUCGAAUUAUUGUGUCCAUGAAAGAUCAGAUACCUGAAUUGCGGCGAGUUUUAAACGUUGACAAGUUUUUAUUUGUUAUGGGCGACUUAAUAAUUUCUCAUCAUCAUGAAUUGUACAGCUUUUAUAUUAAUAAGUCCGAAGGGCCAAAUGGACUUAUAUUCGAUUUCUCUUUGUAUACGGCUAAGAGUGCGGAAGAAACUAUUACGCAGCAUCUUCCAAAUCAAUAUAUCCCUCGUCUUGUUGAAAAAACGCAUUACUUGCAAAACCGGCACAUAUUUCCUUACAAUCGAUGGUUAAAUUACGAUUCUAAAAAGGAUUAUUCAAGCUUACAACAAGUCAAUCCAAACACUGCGCUCUUUUAUCGAGAUUGAGAUCGUGUUUGACGUUUUAAUCAAAAUGCUUCUGAGCUUCUGAGCACAUCUAAUUCAUGAACGGCAUGCUUCUAAUGUGUGGUACCCUUCAUAUCUAAAAAAAAAUAGUAUAUCUAUAUAAAUAUAUGUCUUGACGGUAAACUUUAAAAUAAGAAAUUAUUUUUUCUCUACUUCACUUGGUACUCCAAUC